UAAUAGAAGAAAACUUUUAAAAUAAUGAGGAGGGAAAAGUGUCUAGACAAGAAAAAAUACUAACAUAUUAACUUGACACACUGUUAAAUAAUUUAGAUUUUAAAUAAUCUGUAAAAACCAAGAAACAGAUUUUUGUAGUGAGAGGGGUGGAGGUGGAGGGCUCAGUGAUCUGGUGAAAUACAGUUUGUAAUGUUUUUAAGUUUCGGAGCCACUGAAUCAUCUGGGCGUGACACUUAUUAAAGAACAGCAGAUGAAAAGAAGAUCUGUGGAACUGUACAAUAAACCAGCACAGUUUCGUUAACUUAGCAGAGUUAAAUUUUUCAUUUGUUUGUGAAAAUAUUACAGUGAAGUUUACUUGAGUUUACAGAAACGCUGCAUGAGCAAGGACCUUAAUGUCAAGAUGCUGCAAAUAAAUGAAAAUCCUGGACGUUCUUGACACCUGUAAAAAAGGAGCCUGCAAAAUGUGAUUACAUUAGAUGACAGAGAAAAGAAUUUGUCAGAUUAAAGAAAACGAACAACAACUCAGGUCUAUUGUGAUACUUUUGCAAAUAUUGGAACCAAAGUCAAGAGUAUGAUCUGAGUAAAAUGGCAGAAAGUCAACCUACGCUUAACAAGGAUUCGACCACAUCAAUACCAUUAAUACCAGGUCAUGAAACUGAAUCUAAAGAAUGUGACCCAGGCUUUAUUUAUAUUCCACUUUCACUUCUGAACACAACUUUAGAUCCAAGGGAACAAGCUGAUAAUAGACCUGGACUUAAACUGAUAGAUGGAGUUCCAUCAUCUGCUAAAAUCUUGAACAAAUCGUCUCAUGUCAUUCUUUAUGACAAUCGAACUAGGAAUGCUGCAUGGGUGUUUGAGAUACUGAACGAACAAACUUUAAACAAAAGAGCUAAACGAACAUCAACCUAUAAGAUUGAUGAAGACAUUCAUGAAUAUUAUAGAGCACCUGAGAGUAUAAAUCCAUAUAGUGAAACAGACUUUGAAAGAGGACAUCUGGCUGCUCCUGACAAUCACAGCUGGAGCCAGGAAGCAAUGAACGAUACACACCUCCUCAGCAACAUCUCACCACAGCAUGAAAACCUAAACCAGCCAACCUGGAAAGAGUUGGAGGACCACUGUCGAAACUUCAUUAAAAAUGAAGGAUAUCAGAAUGUCUAUGUGUACACUGGUCCACUGUACUGUCCUGAGUCUGACAAGAAAAAAUAUGAGGUUAAAAUCAUAGGAGGAAAAGCCGUGCCAACUCAUUUCUUUAAGGUGAUAAUUAAAGAGAAACCUGAAGGAGAACAAGAGCUGGAAUGCUAUAUGAUGCCCAACAGGGAAUUACCUGUAAAUGCAAAACUAAAGAAAUACAAGACAGACCUUAAGGUCAUUGAGAAACUCUCUGGACUGGUGUUUAGGAAGAAUUAUCAAGAGGCACCUAAACAUUCUUGCUUUUACCUGUUUAUCUUUAUCAAUUGUGGGAAACGUAAACAUACUGAACGUCAGGAAAGCGUUAUUUAUAAUCCAUUUUUAAGUCUGAACCCAACUUUAGAUCCAAGGGAACAAGCUGAUAAUAGACCUGGACUUAAACUGAUAGAUGGAGUUCCCUCAUUUGCUCAAAUCUUGAAGAAAUCGUCUCAUGUCAUUCUGUAUGACAAUCGAACUAGGAAUGCUGCAUGGGUGUUUGAGAUACUGAAUGAACAAACUUUAGAAAAAACAGCUAAACGACCAUCAACCUAUAAGAUUGAUAAAGACAUUCAUGAAUAUUAUAGAGCACCUGAAAGUAAACAAUCGUAUAAUGGAACAGGCUAUGAUAGAGGUCAUCUGGCUGCUGCUAACAACCACAAGUGGAGCAGGAAAGCAUUGAACGAUACACACCUCCUCAGCAACAUCUCACCACAGCAUGAAAACCUAAACAGGCGUACCUGGAAAACGCUGGAGAACCACUGUCGAAGAUUCAUUGAAAGUAAAGAAUAUCAGAAUGUCUAUGUGUACACUGGUCCACUGUACUGUCCUGAGUCUGAUGAUAAGGAAGAAUAUGAGGUUAAGAUCAUAGGAGGAAAGGCUGUGCCAACUCAUUUCUUUAAGGUGAUAAUUAAAGAGAAAACUGAAGGAGAACGAGAGUUGGAAUGCUAUAAGAUGCCCAACAAGGAAUUACCUGCAAAGGAAAAAUUAGAGAAAUACAAGACAGACCUUGAGGUCAUUGAGAAACUCUCUGGACUGGUGUUUAGUGAAAACAGUCAAGAGACUGAGAGCAAAAGAGUGACUGUGCAUAUGAGAGCAGAAGAGGAAAAUAAAGAAAUAACAACAGAGGUUCAAAUAAUAAUCCCAGAGAUAGAGAGAAAGAGAGAGAGAGAGAGAGAGAGAGAGAGAGAGAGAGAGAGAGAGAGAGAGUAAUGUUGUCACAAGACAAACAAAGUCUCCUAUAGUCUGAUGACACUAGCCUCUUUCACACAGUAAUUCUGGUAAAUUACCAUGAAUUUACCAGAAUGAAUUUACCAGUAAAUACAAAAAUGUGCUGUUCACACAUGCAGUGACAUUCCAUCUUUUUACCAGUAAGACAUCAUUCACACAUCAGUAUCAAAAUACCGGUAAAUUAAUUGAGAAAGCGGAAGUACCUGUAUCACGCGGUGAGCUCAGUGUUGUAUUUGUAAACAAUCCACGUCGUUCAUAUCCACGGUCCGUAUUUUGUUGUUUUUACGUCUGUGGUAAACAGUCGCGAAGUUGCUCACGACCAAACAACAUUGCAUU